ACCGGGGGCCUGGGAAACAGCCACCCCCUUCUGCUCCGGGGCCAGCGGCCUGUCCUCGGGUUCACUGCUAUUUCUGCCAAAGGGGAGAGGUAAUUAUAGCCUGGCCGCUGCCAGCUGGCCCAGCUUUGCGAUCCAGCAGAGAGGGCUGGAGACGGGACGAAGGCCACAACAGACCCGGCCCUGCCAGCGGGCGGUGGCGCCUCCAGAUCAGAGCCCUCGGGAAGGAGGCCUGGGCGGGCCUGGCCCGUUCACCUGUGUGCCCUGCAGUUCUGCCCGAGGCUCAACUCUCAAGGGCCUGGGAGGGGUGCUGCCGGCCAAGAGGGUCCAGGACCUCACUGGACUGUGCCCCACAGGGAGAUCCCGAAGAGCCUGUUUCUGUCCCUUGGGGAGCCAGGAGGGAACCAGCUGGUUGUGAGCUGCAACAGCUCUGGUUCACACCCUGCGACAGCGAGGCUGUGACCGCCAGUGGAUCUCGGAGCUGAUCAGGCGGGUGAGCCACCCUGGAGGAACAGCACCAGCAGGAGCCCAGGCUCUGAAACCUGGCAGGCUGUUCUCCCUCUCUGGGCCUCAGUUUCCCCUGCGCCAGGGAGCUCGGUGCCCCCUCUCAGUAGAGGAGCUGGACCAUGUUCCAGUAAAUGAGGACUGCAGCAGGAGCCGUGAGCCCUGACUCCCGGCCAGAGACACGACGUCAGACCAGAAAGAAUGAGGAGGCCGCGUGGGGCCCGCGGGUGUGCAGGGCAGAGAGGGAGGACAACAGGAAGUGCCCCCCCUCCAUCCUGAAACGGAGCCGGCUGGAGCACCACCGCCCAGAGGCCAAGCCCCAGAGGACCUCGAGGCGCGUGCGGUUCCGAGAACCCCCAGCGGUGACCGUCCACUACAUUGCUGACAAGAACGCCACGGCCACUGUCAGGGCUGUGUGUGUGCGUCCUGCUCGUGCUGGCCCUGGGCCUAUACUGCGGCCGGGCCAAGCCUGUGGCAACGGUACUGGAGGACCUGCGGGCCCGGCUCCUCGGGCUUGUCCUGCACCUGCGGCACGUGGCCCUCACCUGCUGGCGCGGCCUCCUGCGGCUCUGACGGGCAGGGCUUCCAGGAGAGCUCAAGCACUCCGGGGGCUCCGAGACAGCCUGAGCCCUGGCCCUGCUGCUUGGUGAAUCACAGGGGCCAAAAGGGGCUGCUGCCUGAGGGCUGACUAGGAAAAGGGGGACCCCGUGGCAUGAGAUCGGACAUGGGGGGCACAGUGGGCGGCCCCGCCACACUAGUCAGCACAACCCUCCUGUCUCCUGUGUUGGGUCCAUGUGAGAUUUUAUUAGAAAGAGGAUUCGACUGCUAACAGUUGAGGCUUCCCAGGCUCACCCAAAGACCACUCCCUCGUCCCAGCAGGAACUCCUGCUGCUGCUAGGGCCUGGCCCGGCCAUCGCCGUGUGCACCCUCCUGAGGAAGGGGACACACUGACUGUGUUCGAGGGGCUGCUCGGAGGAGGCAAACCCAGCCUUUUGCGAUUAUGGCUUGUGGGGAAUCCAGACCUCGAAACCCCACGGGGAGGGAAGGGUCUGGUUGUCAAGGUGGGUCCCUUUGAUGUGAGGUGCCAUCCUCUGAGCCCAGGUCUGUCCCCCUACCCAGCCCCGUGAGUCUGGAGAGGCCCCAGGGAAGGACCCCUCAUUGGGGGCGGCUUCAGGUGUAGAAGCUGAGGGGACAGCAAGGGGCCCAGACACCCCCGACCUUCAGAACAGCCAUCUGUGCCCAGCUCUGCAGGCCAGGCACACCCAGCCGAGCCCGGGGCCAGCCAGCACCACCCACCAGCUGGGGCCUGUGGGUCCCAGAGACCGUCUGUGGUUGUGGCUUUGUCGCCGGAUUGCAGAGCUGAAGGGAGCCCUGUGGGUGACAAACACCAGGGGCCUCUCCAGACCCUACGUGGGGGGAGGGCUGAACAAAGCAGGGAGGCCCACGGUUAGACACCAGGCAGAACUGCCCAGGAGAGACACAGGGACAAUCAGACCAGCGUCCUCGAGGUUAGCCUGAGGCGGGUGGGCACGGCCGACGAUCCAUCCGGUGGUUCCUGUUUGUCCCACCACUUAACUGGGAGACACUGUUUUAUUAAAACACACCGUGGCUUCCUUCA